AUGACAAACAUUAACACCAAAAACCACAUUUUUCACCUAUGUUCUUGCUUCAACUUUCUUCUAAUUUCACAAAUCCUCGCAACAGCAGCAACAACAACAGAUAAUACGAUCACGAUUACAAAUCCCCUUACGAUAUCGAAAACUUUAGUCUCUCAACAAAAAAAAUUCGAAUUAGGAUUUUUCACUCCUGGUGGUCCGAAUUCAGACAAAUGGUACGUCGGAAUAUGGUACAAAGAAAUCAAAGAAACGACGAUAGUUUGGGUCGCGAACAGAGAAAACCCCGUCAUCAAUUCAUCGUCUUCCCCUGUGUUAAAAAUAACACAAGAUGGACGUCUUGUUAUUGAUGACGGAGAUGGAAAUUAUACGUGGUCAUUGAAUUUCGCUAAUAAUAAUACUACAUUUAUCGCUAAGUUAUUGGAUUCAGGUAAUUUCGUCGUUCUAACAGAGAAAGACGAAAUUAUGGUGUGGCAGAGUUUUGAUUAUCCAACGGAUACUCUGUUACCCGGGAUGAAACUUGGGUGGGACUCGAAAACGGGGUUUAAUCGGAAUAUAACGUCAUGGAAAUCGCCAUUUGAUCCUUCUCCGGGGAAUUAUACGUUUAAACUUGAUGUUAAUGGUUUGCCUGAAGCUUAUUUGACAAAUAGAGAUACAAUUUUAUAUAGAAGUGGACCUUGGAAUGGUGUUGGAUUUAGUGGUGUACCAGAAAUGAAGCCAACAGAUAUUAUAGUUUUCGAGUUUCAGAUGAAUAAGGAUGAAGUUUACUACACUUUUGAGGUGCUUGACAAGAAAAUAUGUUCGAGAUUGUUAGUGAAGCAUAACGGUUUUUUAGAGAGGUAUACUUGGAUUCCAACUAGUAACAUUUGGAACAAAUUUUGGUACGCCCCGAAGGACCAAUGUGAUUUAUACGAAGAGUGUGGUGUUUCGGGAAUUUGUAACGCGAAUCUAUCGCCGGUAUGCAAAUGUCUAGUAGGGUACAAGCCUAAAAAUCAAGUGGCAUGGGAUUUAAGAGAUGGAUCAAAUGGAUGUGUUAGAUAUCAUGAUUUGGAUUGUGAAACUGAUGUUUUUAACAUAUUAAAGAACAUGAAAUUGCCACAAAGUUCAAGUUCAUUUGUUGAUACAAAGAUGAAUUUGGAAGAAUGUGAAAAAAUGUGUAGGAACAACUGUUCAUGCACGGCGUACACCACCGCGAACGUUACGGGUUCGGGUUCGGGUUGUGUCAUUUGGACAAAGGAAUUAGUCGAUAUGCGCCAAUAUUCGGCAGCAGAAGGUGGACAAUUUCUCUACGUUAGAGCUGCUUCUUCUGACGCAGCAAAAAGUGGAAAUGUUGGAUCUGAAGAUGGUUCUGGCAAAACAAAAAGAAUUGCUUUGGCUACUGGAAUUACAGCUGGUGUUGUUCUUGUUCUAAUUGGAGUUGUAAGCAUUUGCUUAUUAUCAAAGAGAAAAAAAUUAUUGGAAGAUCCAAUAAGAAAGAAAACAGACCAAAGAGGCUUUAUUGAAAGAAGUCAAGAUCUUCUAGUGAACACAGCCAUUAUUCCAAGUAAGAGAGAAAUUUCUGGCGAAACUGUCGCGGACGAGUUUGAAUUGCCAUUAUUUGAUCUCAGUACCUUAGCUGUGGCUACUGAAGAUUUUUCUGAUGCAAACAAGCUAGGCCAGGGCGGUUUUGGUUGCGUUUACAAGGGAAUAAUAGAUGAAGGUCAAGAAAUAGCAGUGAAAAGGCUGUCAAAGAAUUCAGGCCAAGGAGUAGAGGAAUUCAAGAAUGAGCUAAGAUUGAUUGCAAGACUUCAACACAGAAACCUCGUUCGCCUUCUUGGAUGUUGUGUUGAGAUGGAAGAGAAAAUGUUGAUAUACGAAUACAUGGAAAAUAAAAGCUUGGAUUCAAUCUUAUUCAAUAAGCAGAAAAGCUCGUUGCUAGAUUGGCAAAGACGAUUCAGCAUUAUCUGUGGGAUUGCUCGGGGGCUUCUGUAUCUUCAUCAAGAUUCAAGAUUUCGGAUUAUCCACCGAGACCUCAAAGCAAGCAACAUUCUCCUUGACAAGGAAAUGAUCCCGAAAAUAUCAGAUUUUGGCAUGGCACGGAUUUUUGGAGGUGAUGAGACCGAAGGAAAUACAAAGAGAGUUGUUGGAACCUACGGUUACAUGUCUCCUGAAUACGCGAUGGAUGGUCUAUUCUCUGUUAAAUCAGACGUUUUUAGCUUCGGAGUUUUAGUGUUGGAAAUAGUAACAGGGAAGAAGAACAGAGGAUUUUAUUUUCAGAACAAUGAAAGAAACCUUCUUGGCCAUGCGUGGAAACUAUGGAGAGAAGGAGGAGCCUCAGAACUACUCGAUUCAUCAGUUGGCGAAUCAUUUUCUCCGUGUGAAGUAAUCAGAUGCAUACAGGUCGGGUUAUUGUGUGUUCAGGAACAAGCAGAAGAUAGACCGAACAUGGCAACCGUUGUAUUGAUGUUAGGAAGUGAAACUGCAACAAUGCCUCAGCCUAAACACCCUGGUUUUUGCCUCGGAAGAAGACCUGUUGAUGAACACUCGGAAACUAUUUACGAAGAAACUUUCACUGUGAAUCAAGUAACGAUUACCAUGCUUGAUCCCCGCAAAGUGAGAGUUUUACUAGUAGUAUUCAUCUUAUUUUAUGUCCAAUUUUGCACUUCCAAUGAUACAAUUUCCUUUAACAAAUCUCUAAAAGAUGGAGAUUUGUUAGUUUCUUCUGGAAAAUUAUUUGCUCUUGGUUUCUUCAGCCCUGGAAAUCAUUCUAACAAUCGAUACGUCGGAAUUUGGUACAAUAACAUCCCUGAACUAACUGUCGUUUGGGUCGCUAAUAGAGAGAACCCUGUAAAUGGCACGUACGGGGUUCUCUCUAUCGACCCAACAGGUAGUCUUGUUAUACUAAAUCGAAAUACCAAAAUAUUCUCCUGGAAAACAGUUAUUUCCUCUGCUCAGCUAUUGGAUUCAGGGAAUUUUGUGUUUUUUCAUGACACGAAAAAGGAAAAUAUUGUAUGGCAAAGCUUUGAUCAUCCUACAAAUACUAUACUUCCUGAUAUGAAAUUUGGUAUUGACAAGAAUACCGGUUUGAACCGGUCUCUAACGUCGUGGAAAUCGAUGAAUGAUCCUGGUUCAGGGGAGUAUGUAUACAAGAUUGAGAUAAAUGGAAUAGUGCCUCAAGUUUUCCUGUAUAAAAAUUCUAACAGGAUAUGGCGAACCGGACCCUGGACCGGUCUAGGUUGGAGUGGUGUACCUGGAAUGAGGCCUGGAUUUAUAUUUAACAGCAAAUAUGUUGACAAUGAAAGUGAAGUCUCUGUGAUAUUCACUAUGAAGGAUCCUGUUAUCUCGAGAUUAGUACUGAACGAAUCAGGGAUGAUGAGUAUAUUGAACUGGCAAGAAGGCGCGAAGAAAUGGGUACAAUUUUGGUCCGCGCCUGAGGACUCGUGUGAUGACUAUGUACAUUGUGGAAAAUUUAGUAAUUGCAACCUGUACAACUUGGGUGAAUUUGAAUGCAAGUGUCUUAUUGGAUACGAGCCAAGGGAAAACCGGUCGUGGUACUUGAGAGAUGGUUCACAAGGGUGUUUGAGGAAGGAGGACGAGAAUGUGUGCAAAAAUGGCGAGGGGUUUGCUAAAUUGAGUAAUGUGAAGGUCCCAGACACUUACAACGCGCGAUUGAAUAGAAGCAUCGGGUUGCAAGAAUGUGAGAAAUUGUGUUUGAAUAAUUGUUCUUGCUCUGCUUAUGCAAGUGCUAAUGUUAGUAUUGGAGGAAUUGGAUGCAUCACUUGGUAUGGUGACUUGAUAGACACAAGGGAGUUUACAGAUGGAGGACAAGAUUUGUAUAUCAGAGUAUCUGCAUCUACUUUGGCUCAAUUCUCGAAGAACAACAAUGGCUAUCUCAUGAAAAGAACCAUAGCAAUUGUGACAAUCUGCAUUGGUGCAAUACUCAUCGCGCUCUCGUUUGCUUGUUGUUUGGUAAUAAGGAAAAGGAGAAGAGUUAAAGAUAAGGAGGACCAAUUCACCAGUUUGAACACUUUGACAAGGAAUUUAGCAUCCUAUGAGAACUCUUCAAGAGGUAAUGAGAUGGAUGGAAGGGAACACAUCGAUGUGUUAAUCUUUGAUCUAAGCACUAUCAUUUCUUCCACUGAUGAUUUCUCUGAUGCUAACAAACUCGGAGAAGGAGGCUUUGGUAGCGUUUACAAGGGACAGCUAAACAACGGCCAAGAGAUAGCGGUCAAAAGACUUUCGAAAAAUUCAGGGCAAGGAGUGGAGGAAUUCAAGAAUGAAGUAACGUUAAUCGCGAGAGUACAACACAGGAAUCUUGUGAGGCUUUUAGGAUGUUGCAUACAAAGAGGAGAGAAAAUGUUGAUCUAUGAAUACUUGCCAAACAAAGGCUUAGACAGUUUCAUCUUUGAAAAAACUAAAGGGUUGCAGUUAGAUUGGAGAAAACGAUUUGAAAUCAUCGUUGGAAUAGCACGAGGAUUGUCAUACCUACACCACGACUCACGAGUACGAAUCAUACACAGGGAUCUAAAAGCCAGCAAUGUUUUACUAGAUGCCUCAAUGCACCCAAAAAUAUCAGAUUUCGGAACUGCUAGGAUAUUUGGUGGUGACCAAUUUGAAGCUAACACAAAUCGAGUCGUUGGAACAUAUGGUUAUAUGUCACCAGAAUAUGCAAUGGAAGGGCAUUUUUCAGUGAAAUCUGAUGUUUUCAGUUUUGGUGUUCUGUUGUUGGAGAUCAUUACUGGCAGGAAGAACACUACACAUUAUCAGGAUCAUUCAUUAAAUUUAGUUGGAAAUGUUUGGGAUUCAUGGAAUGAUGACAAAGCUUUAGAUGUUGUUGAUCCCUCAUUAGGGGAUUGGUAUGAAAGUAGUGAAGUUUUGAGAUGCAUCCAAAUUGGACUAUUAUGUGUACAAUCAUAUGCAAAUGAAAGACCAAUGAUGUCUCAAGUUGUCUUCAUGCUUUGCAAUGAAACAAAAUUGUCUAAUCCUGGACAACCUGGUUUUGUGUUCAGAUCAAGAAAUUCUUCUUCACUUCCUUAUUCAUCAUCAGCUAGUAUUGGAAAUUCUGUAAAUGACAUUUCUAUUACUGCACAACAUGCUCGCUAAGUGUGUGUCGGAUCCUUCAAAAA